AUGGGACCAAGAUUUACUUGGUGUAAAAAUAAGAAUGGUGGAGCUAGAAUUCUGGAAAAGCUAGAUAGAUGCAUUAUCAAUACCAUUGCUUUGGAUUGCAUUCAUAUUGCUCUUGUGAAGCAUCUAUCUCGUGUGGCCUCGGAUCAUUGUCCAAUCUUGUUGGAGGUUUUUAAACCUUUGGAGCAUACCAAGAGUACAAUCAGAUAUGAAGAAGUCUGGGCUUCCUAUUAUGGUGCAUCUGCUUUAGUGAAGAGUGUUUGGAAGAGGAAUUGUAAAGGGGAUCCGGCUACUAUUCUUAAUUUGAAGUUCAAGAGAACUUUAAAAGCACUGUUCUAUUGUAGCAAGGAAAAGUACAAAGGGUUAAAUGCUUUAAGAGAUAAAUUGAAGGAUGAGAUUUUGGAGAUUCAAUUGGAAGAAUCUGAAGGGGUGUUAUCUGUGGAGAGGCUGCAGAUUUUGUGA